AUGGGCCUUUUGGCUCUUGCAACAUGUUUCUUGCCCACUGAGAGUCACAGUGGUCCCAGGAGACGAUAUCCUUCUAGGCCACUGCCGCCUCCUCCUCCUUUUGGUCUAGGAUUUGUUCCACCCCCUCCUCCACCUUAUGGCCCUGGAAGAAUUCCACCCCCUCCUCCACCUUAUGGCCCUGGAAGAAUUCCACCCCCUCCUUUACCUUAUGGCCCUGGAAGAAUUCCACCCCCUCCUCCACCUUAUGGCCCUGGAAGAAUUCCACCCCCUCCUCCACCUUAUGGCACGGGAAGAAUUCCACCCCCUCCUUUACCUUAUGGCCCUGGAAGAAUUCCACCCCCUCCUCCACCUUAUGGCCCCGGAAGAAUUCCACCUCCUCCUCCACCUUAUGGCCCAGGUUAUUCAUAUCUACCUUUCCAACCAAGGCCUUAUCUGCCUGGAUCUCCAUUCAUCCCACAUAUUCCCUUUAUUCCUGUACCCCAAAUACAAACUACAACAGGCUCCACUACAACCACAAUAGAUGCCACUACCACCCAAACAGACUCCACCAUCCCCACAACCACUGCUUCGACUGCCCAAAAGACAACCACUGCUUCGACUGCCCAGAAGACAACCACUGCUUCAACUGCCCAGAAGACAACCACUGCUUCAACUGCCCAGAAGACAACCACUGCUUCAACUGCCCAGAAGACAACCACUGCUUCAACUGCCCAGAAGACAACCAUCGCUUCGACUGCCCAGAAGACAACCAUCGCUUCGACUGCCCAGAAGACAACCAUCGCUUCGACUGCCCAGAAGACAACCAUCACUUCGACUGCCCAAAAGACAAGUCAGCAGAACUUUUUAGAUAAAAUUAUUUCAUUUUUUGGAUGA